UAAAAAAACGAAAGAAUAAAUCAAAUAAAGCUUCGUUUGAAUGUGCUGCUUUGUUGUUUAAUUCUGAACAUCGUUUAACGGCAGAAUAUUUGGUAUGAGUAUUUUGAUUUGUAGUUGUAGAAACUAUUUGAAGUCUUAAAAUCUGAAACACGAAUGGAGUCAUACUAUGACCCGAAAUUGUGGCUCGUGCCAUCGAACACUCCAUUUGAAAAACAAAUCCGAAAAUCAAAUCCCGAUUUAGGCCAAAAUAUCGAGUUACCAAAACCAACAAAAGCACUGAAAACGAAUGAGGGACUUUUUGGAACGGGCCAAAUAAUCCCCAUGAAAAUAAGAUCGCGACACACGCACGAUGAAGAUAUAGAAAAAGAAGCGAUUCUGAGGAAAAUCAAACUGACCAAAGCGAGGAAUUUGAAUACGCGUCAGUACAAUUCGUUCACGGAGACGAUUGGGCAGAAGAAGGCAGCCUACUACAGGGCUCUGAAGGAGAAGGGGCUGGGGGAGAGGCACGCGAGACCGGUGCCUGGACAUCCCACAGUCAAGUUCAUGUUCAGCAGACCAGAAAUUAGCGAGGACGAGCUAGCUUUGUGUAAUCUGAUGACGAAAACAUUAGGACAAGGAGUCAUCUCCAGUUUUGUGCCUAUGUGUCGCCCCAGGAUCAACAGACAGAAAGGAGGGGGAGGGGAGUUGAUAGGGGAGCUGAGAAACGACAGGUACACCCUGACACCCACAUACCACAGUAGAAAGACUCAUUUCAUUUUGGGAGGAAGCGAUACGAGCAAACCUACAACUGCACACACGAACUCCUCUAACUAGAUUCACUCAAAAAACUUAGUUUACCUAUUUUAAUUUAAAAAAUAUAUAUAUCAUUUCCUGUUAGUUGCUUCCAUAAUAGUAGCAUGCAGUGCGGAACCACGAAGAGAUUUUGAUGACAUCCAAAUUUCUUUCUUAUUAUCAUUUUGAUAUGA